AUGGUUCUCCUAGAGGAGCAGAAAGAAGACAUCUUUCCUUCCAAGUUGGGGCCAGAGUAUGUGGGCUUCGAUCACAUUACUUGGUACGUUGGCAACGCCAAACAGGCGGCCAGCUACUACGUCACUCGCAUGGGAUUUGAGCAGGUCGCAUAUCGAGGCCCCGAGACCGGUUCUCAAAACAUUGUGUCCUAUGUGAUCUCCAACAAUGCAGGCGCCUUUGUACUCACCUCGCCUGUCCGUUCUCUGUCAAAAGCUGAGCAAGACGAUCUGCCUGAUGAGGAGAGACGCGCUUUGACUGAGAUUUGUGAUCACCUGGCCAAACACGGGGAUGGGGUCAAAGAUGUGGCAUUCCGGAUUGAAGGCGACGUGGAGAGCGUCUGGAAGAGGGCAGUCGAUCACGGUGCUCCCUCGAUUCGAUCUCCCCAGAUACAGCACGACGGUGAGAAAGGCGCCAUCCUUCUAGCCACGAUCGGGACUUACGGAGAUACUGUGCAUUCUUUGAUCAACCGUCAGCGGUACUCGGGUCCGUUCCUGCCCGGCUACAUAGCGUUAACGGAGCGAGAUCGCCUCAAUCAGCAACUGCCAAAGAUCGAAUUCAUCGAGAUCGACCACUGCGUUGGCAAUCAGCCGUGGAACGGCGUUGAUCCGGCCGUUCAAUACUACGAAGACUGUCUCGACUUUCACCGAUAUUGGACUGUGGAUGAUGUUGGCAUGUGUGGUGAAUAUUCGGCCAUGCGGUCCAUUGUCGUCGCAUCUCCCAAUGAAGUGAUCAAAAUGCCUAUGAACGAGCCGGUUCAGGGAAAGAGGCAAUCGCAAAUCGAGGAGUUCGUUGACUUCUACAACGGCGCCGGUGUCCAGCACAUCGCAUUCCGGACCCAUGAUAUCGUCGCGGCUGUCACUCGCUUGCGGGACCGCGGCGUGGUGUUCCUUCGCGUGCCGGACGAGUACUACGAGGACCUGCGACAGCGGCUCUCUGACGGGGGCCCCGAAAUACACGAAGAUAUCGACACGCUGCAGAGACUGCACAUACUGGUGGACUUUGACGAAAAGGGAUAUCUACUCCAGAUCUUCACAAAGCACGUUGUAGAUUCGCCGACGAUAUUUAUCGAAGUGAUCCAGCGCAAUAACUUUGACGGGUUUGGCGCGGGGAAUUUCAAGUGCCUCUUUGAAGCGUACGAGCGCGAACAAGCACUCCGGCGGAAUUGGUAA